AUGAAAAAUGGUGGCAAUGUUCUCAUCAACAAUGGCAACAUGCCACCCAUGUCAGAAGAAGACCUGGAAUGGUUCAAAUCGACCUUUCGUCCCAUUCCGCGUCCCCAACUACCAGAAGAUGCCGUAGAGUACUCGCUAUAUUUGCUGUCGUCAGACCCCGCCCCCGCUUCGACAGAUACCAUUGUUCAGACACGUGCGCGCCUUCAGGAAGUUCAGAAGAGUGCGUCAGAACUGGUGAAGGGCUUAUUGACGGAUUACAUAUGGCAGCGAGAAGCCUUCAGUCUUGAAAUUGCCAAAGAAAAUGAUAUAAGCUAUCUCCGUGGACGAACCAACUUCGGCGACUCUAUCGAAGACGAAUGGGUCAUCGUUUAUCUCCUGCGGGAGUUGACAAAAAAACACCAGGAUCUAUGGAUUCGUGUUGUGGACAGUGAUGGCGAAUUUUUACUUGUCGAGGCUGCUAGUAGUCUACCAGACUGGCUGGAGCCUGAAGUUGCCGAUCACAGGGUCUGGAUCAACAACGGCGAUUUGGUAAUCAUCAAGCCGAAAAACGAUCGGAAAAGAGUGAUGGAGAAGAUAACGCUCGAAGAGUCGUUAAAAAUUGCUGCACACGAAACCGAGCGCUUACUACGCUCAUCGUCUAUCGAAGAGGAGGCUUUCUAUCGUCUACGAAAAUAUCCCCAGCAGAUCAAGGAGAAUCUUCAUUGCGCACUCGUGACUAUUCCUCGGAAGGUUGCAUACUUGCUCCAUCAGAAACCGGCCUAUAUAUCAGCAGCUGUAGAUGCCUUUUACACUCGCGACCCAAUUUCUUUGCGGACUUUGAGAGCAAGAGGCAAAGAUCACUUAUUGUUUCCUCCAAGUGAUUUCGUCACAGUCAGUGUUCGAUUCACAAGGGUGGGUUACGCUCAGGUCAAAAGUCAAGACUUUCCACCUCCCACUUCUUGGGCACAAAGUAUGCCGCCUCCUGCAGAUGAUGACAAAUUUGCCAAAGCGGAAACAGGCAUGAAAGUGUCCUGUGGAUUUGAGAUGCUUCUCAGUGACCCCCAGAAUCAAGAUAAGCCUAUCGUUCGAGAGAUGAAGCUUUUACUCGAGGAUCUAGAGACAGGCGAUGAGGUUUUGCCAACUGUGGGUGAAAUACAAAAAUCAUGGAGUAUGCAACAGGACGAUGAAGGCUGGUUGGAUAUCAGCUUUGAAGAUCUUGAUAGGGAACUCAAAGGGGAGGCCGGCAAGAACAAAGAAGCCGGAGCCUUUGGCGACCAAAGUGCACAGGAGAAUCUCCAGCGAAUUGUCGCCCGAUUCGAAGAGUUCCUGAAAGACGAUUCAGCUAACUUCGACGGUGUUGAUCUUUAUAAUUCCGACACGGACAAUGAAGCAGGCGAAGAAGAAGAAGCGAGCAGCGAAGACGAAGAAGGAGAUUUGAAAUUCGAUGAAGAAGAGUUUAUAAAGUACAUGAAGGAAAUGCGGAUGGACCCUUCGGGCGUUGAUCUACGGACGAGAUUUGAUAAAGCCAUGAAAGGAAAAGUAGAGGAGCUUGACUCAGCGGAUGAAGAUGACGAUAUUCGGGAGAUUGAGGAACUAUCGCGUCAAAUGGAAGCGGAGCUGAGACCUACCGGUAUUUUGAAUGUUAGCAAUCAGGAAGCAGAUCAGAAGCCGGCCGUGGUGAAAGGCAAAGGCAAACAGAAAGCCAAGCCUGAAGAUUUCGACUUUGACGAGGAAGAUCCCGCCAACAUCAACCUGGUGAAGAAUCUUCUUGAAAGUCUGCAGAGCCAGGCUGGAAUGUCUGGCCCUGCUGGUAAUCUCCUUGGGAUGAUGGGCAUGAAAAUGCCUCCAGACGACCGCGGCUCCCGCAAAUCCGGCAAAUCAUGA